AUGUGUAUCAUACUUGAAGAUGGGUUGAACGAUGAGAUCUGGUUGGCUAUAGUACUACCGGUGGAAAACAAGGAAGAAGUCCCUGUGAGGAAGAAGUUGUCCAACUGUGUCCCUGGAUUUGCUCGUGGUACUACCGGUGGAAAGGCUGGUGAGUUUUACAUGGUCACUAACCCUAUUGAUAAUGCUACUGACCCCAAGCAUAGAACUCUGCUUCAUGCUAUCACCCAACCUAGAUCACUUUGGAUCACUUUCAAAGGGUCUAUGACCAUCACGCUGGAAUCGGACCUCAUUGUAACAAGUGAUAAGACCAUUAAUGCAAGGAACGUCAUUAUCCAUGGCCUUCAAAUCCAUCACAAUAUUCCCGCCAAGGGUGGCAAGAUCAAGGAUGGUGAAAACCACCAUAGGUUACGGGGUGCCAGCGACGAAGACGAGGUCUCUCUUUUCAAAGAUACCAACAUUUCUUUCGACCAUCUUUCCCUUCACCAUUGCACCGAUGUCAUUCAAGAAUUCACUGCAGUUACCAUUUCUAAUUGCCAUUUCACUGACGACAACGAUCGUUAUUACGAUCGAAACGUGAAGAUGCAGGUCAAUGUUGGUUUGAACCACUUCGGUAAAGGAUUGGUAGAGAGGAUGCCUAGGUGCCGAUUUAGUUUUAUUCAUGUCAUCAACAAUGACUACAAUCACUGGUUCCUGUAUGCCAUUGGCAGUACCAGCCACCCUACAAAUAUCAGCCAGGGCAAUAGGUAUCUGCGUGAGACACCUUCGGGGCUAUGGAGGUGA